CCUAGAAAAUAGUAUUCAUAUAAUUAUACUCUUGCUCGUAUCAAUUUCAUUGUUUUCCUACCUACUACUACUAAUGGAUCUCCUUUUAUUCCUUUAUAAAAUAUUCUUCAAAAUGAGCAAUUGUAGCCAAGGCAUAUUUGGGUCUCCUGCAGAACCAUUGUUUAACAAUGAGUUCCACAGUGUCAGCUCUGAAAUGCUACAAGACUGGCUUGUGACAAGUGCGAAAAGCAAUAUUCUUGACGUCAAGACUUCAAAAGAAACACAGCAUAUAUUUGGCACUGGAGGUUGGUGUGAGUGUGUCUUCCUUGUGUGUGAAAAAUUUGAUUUGCCAUGGCAAGCUAAAUUUGCUGCCCUGGACAUUUUGGACAGGUUUAUGCUGAAGCAUGUCCAAGGCUUGUACAAGUACGUCCAGAACUCGGAAAGCAAUAAUAAGAAGGCAGACUGGACAAAAAUUCUGGAGCGUAUAAGUAAACAGGCUUUCUUGAGAAUAGUCACCUGCUGUCAAGUUGCUAGCAAGCUCAAUUCUCAUUACAAGGUGAUUGUUUUGCAGGUUAUAACUGUAAAACGUGUACGUCGCUGCUUACUUGAUGCAGGCUACAGCUACUCAUGUGAAAGCAUUCUUCAGUCAGAGAUGAGAGUGCUGAAAACAUUGUCAUAUCAAGUAUCCAAAGUGACCUGUGUCGAUUUUGUGGAAAUUAUCCUGGAAAUCUUAGGUCGUAAUUCUAUGGAUGAAGCAGCAAACAUUAAAGUUUAUCAUGAACUAGCAGUGAAGAUUCUUACAGUUGUCUGUAUUUAUCAAGAUGAAAUCUAUGACAGACUCUACUUCACCGUGGCAAGGCCAGAGUUUGGAUUUCUUCCCUCUACUGAAGAGCAAAACCGAAAAUUGGCAGCUGUUAAGGCCGACAAAAUGUUGUUGGCUGUGUCUGUGAUAGCAGCAGCAGUGCACAUCAUUGAUGAGUCUCACACAUCUCAGGUGAUAGCCCAUUUACAUGCAAUAAGUGAAGUGCCCCUAGAAGACAUUGAGGACUUUGUGCAAGUAGUUUUACAGCAUGUCCAAGAAGAUUUAGGAGAGUAGUUAAGAUCUAUGAAAGGCCUUGAUGAUUAUGUAACAGGCGGAACAUUUAAUUUUUCUUUACGCUAUUGCUCAUUGGUUGAAUGUAUGCCCAUCACUUUAUAACAUUUAAACCUAUUUUGCUCUAUAUCUUUUGUAUGGCAAUUGUUCAUGGAAAAUUACCCCCCUCCCUUCCACCCUCUCAUUGUUGUUGUAUAACUUGAAGAGUAAAGUUUUUUUUAGAGGACAGCCUUCCUUACAAGUUCACUAUACAAUGCAGUAAACAGUACGUACAGUUAACAAAAUGCUGGAUGAAAAUGAAUGAAGUAUAAAUUUAAAAAACAAAUCCACAACCUGAGGCAGGUGGAUUAUCAUAGUUAUGAACAGAAGCUGGUGGUAAGCCCAAGUAUGGGGCCAUCGUGAUCGCAUAUGAUUUGGACUAGUGAUUAAUUUCACUAUUGUCUUUGACCCCCCCCCCCCUUUUUACCACUUCUUUCAUGUCUUUACCUAGACUUUUUCCCAUGGCUGGAAUUAUACCUCAGUUAAGACAGUAACAAAAGAACAAAAUUCUGGUCAAACUGUAAUAAGAUACAACUCGUGUACUUAACAGAAUGAGCACUGAUAGUUCAUAGAGGACAACUAAUUUGACCACCAGCUUUAUUGGUCCUAUUAUAAGCCUGCUUAAUCUGUUCUUGUCUUCAGGCCUCAUUGUUUUAAAUUAAUCUUUUUUUAAUUCUUAGAAGUCUUGAACUAAUAAUAUAUUCAUGUAUUCUUUUUCGUUAAACCCCUUGAUAAGCAAAAUUUUAUUGCAAAGAAACUUGGUUAGGAACCCCUGCUAGGUACAAUGCUCAUGUCUAGUAACUUUUGUAAUCAGUGACAUAUGUUGAUAAUUGCCUCCUGUGAUACUUAUUUCCGGAGUUACUGUGAUAUUCUCAAAUAGUAAAUAUGUAAGUGUACUUUCAUCAGAUGUUAAUAACCUAUAAUACGUAAGUUACCUUCUCAAAUCGCAAUAUGUUUGUGUCCUUUUUAUCAGUUCUUAAAAAUCAAGAAAGUAUGCCAUCUUUUCAAAUGGUAAAUAUGCUGGUCUACUUUUAUCAGAUGCCGAAACAUGAUGAUAAACAAAUAACAUUUGAUGAUUAAGUUUUUUUCAUUUACGAGAAUGACAGGCUGCUAGCCACCCAGUGAUCCAUGGCUUUUUUUUUUUUUUACUGUUAUGUUAUCUUACAGUUGCAGCUCAUCACUCUGUGAUUGCUAAAGAAUAUGAA